AUGAGGAUGGAAGUUGCAAUCGAAAGCGUCCGUCAAAGGAAUAAGGCCCGACGGUGGUUCGAUUUCAUCUCGACACCCUCUUCUGUCGGGUUCCAGUCACUGGGUAUCUGCACGCCCGUAGCAAAACACUUCCCCCGGGCGAGCAUCUCGCAUUUCGUGCAGGAUGGCACCACUCGGUACCCCACCUCUGAUUUGGUCUCGCUCGAGAUCAUUCAUACGAACCUAGAGGAUAUCGCGGUACAGCUGCGCGCUUCGUGCCCGCAGGCCAUCAUGGAUGAAUUGUCCGCGACCCUGGAGCACCUUGACCGAUUGAUCCAUGGAAACCAGGAGACAGAGACUGUCAACGACGGGGCCAGCAUCGGCUCCCUCAAUCUGAGUGACCUUAUUCGGGAGCCGUUACCCGAUCUAGAGGUUGCCGACAAUGCCAGCAUGCACGCCUCGGAUGACGAGGAAGUUACUCUUUACGAGGGCGAAACCCAAUACCUUCAAGCAGUAAACGGUGGGGCCACCAAUGAAACCUGCAAUCUCGACGACGUGCUCAUACAGUCAGACUUUGAAGACAAUGCCAGGAUCCUCGAGCUUGGUGAUGCGGAGAUGGCUGCGUACGAGGGCGACACGGACGAGCCUUCAACGCUUUCACUUGAUUACGACUUCAUCUACGCCGACGACAUGGACGCCCAACCAGUCCAAAACCAAGUCGAUGCCAGCGCGGUGCCUACACCAUCCAACACCGGCCUUCUUCAGCAAUUCGAAUCAAUGAACGUUAAAGACUAUGGAGAAGAGGUCUAG